AAAAAGUUAUUUCAGAAGUGGAGGAGUAACUAAGGUAUACAGGAACAGGAGCUUCUUCUUUCUGAUUCUCCCUCUCAGAUUAGUCGAGAAACAAAACCCUAAAUUGUGUGAGGGCAUGGAAGACGGAGAAAGCUCCCCCAAGCUACCGAUUCCUGGGAAGAGAAACAUACUAAUCACCAGUGCCUUGCCUUAUGUCAACAACGUCCCUCAUCUCGGAAACAUCAUCGGAUGUGUUCUGAGUGCUGAUGUGUAUGCAAGAUACUGUCGUCUACGUGGGUACAAUGCGAUAUAUAUAUGUGGGACUGAUGAAUACGGAACUGCUACUGAGACCAAAGCUCUGGAGGAGAACUGCUCCCCUAAGGAAAUCUGUGACAAGUACCAUGCCAUUCACAAACAAGUUUAUGAGUGGUUUGAUAUAAGUUUUGACAAGUUUGGGCGUACUUCAACUCCUCAACAAACUCAUGUCUGCCAAGCUAUUUUUAAUAAGUUGUUUGAUAACAACUUUCUUUCUGAGAACACCAUGCAGCAGCUUUACUGCGAUACAUGCAACAAGUUCUUAGCUGACCGCCUCGUUGAGGGUUCUUGCCCGUUUAAAGAAUGUAAUUAUGAUUCCGCUCGUGGAGAUCAGUGUGAAAAAUGUGGAAAGCUCCUCAAUCCUACCGAACUCAAAGAUCCCAGGUGCAAGGUCUGUCAAACUACACCCCGAAUUCGUGACACAGACCACCUGUUUAUUGAGCUUCCGCUGCUGAAAGAUAAGUUGGAAGAGUAUAUUAACGAGACAUCUGUUACGGGAUCUUGGAGUCAAAACGCUAUUCAAACGACGAAAGCAUGGCUUAAGGAAGGGCUUAGACAGAGAUGUAUUACGAGGGAUCUAAAGUGGGGAGUUCCUGUUCCACAUGAGAAAUAUAAGGAAAAAGUCUUCUACGUGUGGUUUGAUGCUCCUAUUGGGUACGUCUCGAUAACGUCGUGCUACACAUCUGAAUGGGAGAAGUGGUGGAAGAAUCCUGAGAAUGUGGAGCUUUAUCAGUUUAUGGGGAAAGACAACGUGCCAUUUCACACUGUGAUGUUUCCAUCUACGCAGCUUGGAACUGGGGAGAAUUGGACACUGAUGAAGACAAUCAGUGUGACUGAAUAUUUAAAUUACGAAAAGGGGAAGUUCUCCAAGAGUAAAGGUGUUGGAGUGUUUGGUGAUGAUGUGAAAAAUACAAAUAUCCCCGUCGAAGUAUGGAGAUAUUACUUGCUGACGAACAGGCCUGAGGUGUCUGACACACUAUUUACAUGGAAAGAUUUGCAAGCAAAACUGACUGGCGAGUUACUGAAUAACUUAGGCAACUUUGUUAACCGAGUUCUGACUUUUAUAGCAAAGCCUGAACCUGCAGGUUAUGGGUCUGUCAUUCCUGAUGCUCCUGGUGCUGAAUCUCAUCCUUUAACCCAAUCUCUGGCUGAAAAUGUUGGAAAAUUUGUGGAGCAGUAUGUUGAAGCCAUGGAAAAGGUUAAGCUCAAGCAAGGGCUGAAAAUCGCUAUGAGCAUCUCGAAUGAAGGGAACGCAUACUUGCAGGAAACCAAAUUUUGGAAACUUUACAAGGAAGAUAAACCUUCUUGUGCAAUUGUUAUAAGAACUGCUGCUGGUUUAGUACACCUUCUUGCACAAUUUUUAGAACCUUUCAUGCCAUCUUUCUCCCGUGAGGUAUUUAAACAGCUGAAUUUGCCUCUACAAUUUUCACUCACUGACGAGAGAGGAGAGGUUUCAUUAGCAAGUAGACCUUGGGAGAUUCUGCCUCGCAAUCACAAGAUAGGCACCCCUCAACCAUUGUUCAAGGAAUUGACAGAUGAAGAGGUGCAACAGUACAAAGAAAAGUUUGAGGGAAGUCAGUCUGAUAGACGUGGUAGGGAUGCAGAAGCCGCAAAUAUGGCGGCGGAUCAACUUAAAAAAACAAAUCUUUCAGAUGCUAAAAAGCAAAAGGCAUCAAAAGGUGCAGCAACAUCCAAAACUCAACCGGCUGCUGAUCGUGAAAUUACUAUGGCGAGACUUGAUAUUCGAGUCGGCAAAAUUCUGAAGGCUGAGAAACAUCCUAACGCAGAUUCACUGUAUGUGGAAGAAAUUGAUGUUGGAGGAGGGGAAAUUAGGACUAUUGUUAGUGGAUUGGUCAAGUAUAUACCUCUUGAGGAGAUGCAGAACCGUUUGGUUUGUGUUCUUUGCAACUUGAAGCCGGCGAAAAUGAGGGAUGUUAUGUCACAAGGAAUGGUUCUUGCCGCUUCCAGUAGGGACGGCAGCAAGGUGGAGUUAGUCGAGCCCCCUGAGUCGGCUGAGAUUGGAGAGCGAGUUAGAUUUCAAGGGUUUGAAGGCGAGCCAGACACUGUCUUAAACCCGAAGAAGAAAGUAUGGGAGACGCUUGUGGUGGAUCUGCACACAGAUGAGAAUCUAGUUGCUUGCUACAAAGAUUUGCCCUUCAGUACAGAUGCAGGUGUAUGCAAGGUUUCCUCCAUCACCAAUGGCACGAUCCGGUAGAUCUUUUUGUUCUCCAUUUCUAAUCUCUCUUUUGAGAGGAAACCAGUUUUCUGAUCUCAUUUGAAGAAUUGAGAUCUCAUAAGUUGUUUUCACUUUUGGUUCUUAAUUGAUGGUUUGAGAUAGAAUGUUAAUUUUUAUAGUGUAAAUUUGGUAGGCCUGAUUGGCUU